AUGACAAUCGAUCCUCCAGCACUUGGCUCAAAGAGCUCCCCACGCGCAAACUGGAGCGAGAGAAGAUCUAGGGUAGAGGAGCUGCUAGCAAGUGCCCCAAUCUUGGAUGUGGUGCGAUGCCUUCGACGCGCGCUCCGAGCCGACGGCAAGCAGCUUGCCGUCCCCUCGCCCGAUGACCCCUCUGAGGAUUUGGAUCUCGCUUUGGCAGCGUACUGGCCAGUGGAGGGGACUAGCGCCAGUGCUGCCUCAGACACUAAUGUGGUACGUAGAAGAGCGAUGCCUCUCUUGAGGGAGCUGGCAGCGACGACCAUUCAAGAGAGGAAUUUUGCCAGCGAGACCGCUCUGGCAAGGAGCUUGAGUCGAGGUGGUGGCGGUUUCUGCGAGGUUACGCGAUCGCGAUUCGACAGGAAGCUAUACGUCGUCAAAUCUGCAGUCAAGAGGACAGUGGUUGCAUCUUUCCGCACUUCCAACCUCUCUCCUUCUUUGGAGCGCCACAUCCUCAGCCUCGCUCGCACCUAUGCCGGGUCGUCAUCGUCCGAAUUCGAGGGCGAGCUACCAACGCCCCGCAUACAUGCGGCAUGGUGCAGUCGAUCGGACGUCUUCAUUGCGAUGGAGUACUUUGCAGCGGGAGAUCUGGACAUGUUGCUAAGCAGCGCUGGGGAAGCAAAGUGCUUGAACGAAAUGUCGGACGAAAAGGGGCGCAUACACGAGCAUCACACCCUGGCUUGGGGCAGAGACAUGGUCGCUGCCGUCAGCUGGCUCCAUUCGGAAGGUUUCAUGCAUCGGUAAGCAGCCAGUCACACUCACGCGAAGCGCUCGCAGCUGAUUUUGAGGGUAUUGCUUCACUCUGUACAGCGAUAUCAAGCCUGCGAAUUGGCUGAUCGCAGAUUCAGGUCACCUCAAGCUCUGUGACUUUGGUGUUGCGGCCCCCUUCUCCCCCUAUGGUCCCACCAGGAAGCGACUGGUCCACCGCUCUCACAACGUUAUCACUGGCACAUCAGAUUACUUGGCUCCUGAGCUGCUUCAUCUACGACUUCAAAGGGCCGAAGCAGCUGAGCUGGCCGAGGCGGCACGGAGAGCGGAAGACUCCUUCGGCUCGCCAUCCUAUGAUUGGCAGAGCCCUGCAUCUGUCCGGCAUGACGUUGUCUCGGACACUGCGUUUCCAUCUGCGGAGGGAGACUAUGGUCCGAGCAUCGAUUGGUGGGGCAUAGGCUUGGUAUUGUACGAGAUGACGUACCGCUACCUGCCUUUUGUCGGGACGCCUGCCCAAGUCGUGGAGCAGAAGCUUAACUUCCACCAACACUUCAGAUUGGAUGAGAGCCUACCCCGCGGGUCCGAGCUCAAGAGCCUCAUGCGAGGUCUAGUAGCACUGGACAGCGAGAGAUUAGGGCUGAACAGCUCAGAAGAAGUCAUGCAGCAUCCUGCAUUCAAAGGUACAAAUUGGUCAAAGCCGUACUCGCACCCCUCACCGUUCACACCCAAGCUCGCGGCGGAGAACGAAUCGGGCGAUCAAGCCGUUUCUGUAAUCCACAGCCCUCGCGGUCCUGACCGUCACGUGCAGUCGGAGAGCUUGAUGUCGCCAUCGGUCAGCAGCUUCAACGUGAGUCAGCACUUUGCUGGCAUACAUCACCUUCCGCAUCUUGAUUCUGUAGAAUGCGGCUCUUCGAGCGCAGCAGACGCGUGGGAGAAAGCUGCUGAGGGCAGCUGGCCUACAGAGGACGAUACUGGCGUCAACGAGUCUCAGACCGCUGUCGUGUCAUCUCCAGCCUCUGCCGCUCUAGCAAGACGCAUAAGCCAGCGCGACACACGUGCGGAUGCUGCCUGGUCAGAUGUAGACACGUAUUUUGUUGGUCUAUCAAUGCUGCCAGAGAUCAACGCUUUCGCCUCGGCGGAGGCCAUGCACAAAAGAGACGAAGAGAUGCUUGGCGAAGUGCGUCGUCAGACUCGGGUACGAAUUUCGGAUCAGCUCGAAGUGAUGAGCUCGCCGUCAGAACCCACCAGGGAGUCGAAACCAGCUUCAAGCAGCCAGUCCACUUCCACGCCAUAUUUACGACACGGCAAGAAGUCUGAGGGGCAUCUUGCAUCUACGCCGUGGCAGCCGCACGGACAGCAUUCACUUCACCGCCAUGCCCUUGAGACAGCUUCACGAGUCGCGAGCGUAGGGAAGUACGGACAGUUGCUGCCGUCGAACGCACCGGGCGCCUUCGUGACACCCAUGCGGAAAACCUCGAUGCCCAGCUUUGGCAGCAGAUUCCAGCAAGAGGCGCGCGCGCAACACGGUCACAAUGAUCAUUUACUCUCUGGCACACAUUCGGCAGCACCGCCCGUCUCCCCGUACCCCUUCCCGAUUGCAUCUGCUUUCAGACCUAGCACAGUGGCUCAUCGAACUGGCUCAGGCAGCUACUUCGUGAUGAGGACGCCAGGCGUAGAUGCGCACGGGACCGAGUCGCAGACUUCAGGAGGUAGCAACGCGCGCCGCAACAUGAGCGAGCAGGAGGCUUGGAAUGAAAUGUGGUUGGCUGCUGGAAGCGCCAGGAAGCCCAAACGCGCGGCUACCCUAGAUGAGGGUCUGCAGCGUCCCAAGAGAUCUUUCAGUGUACUCCAAUCCGGCAAGCGAAGCAGCCGAGGUGGGAUCGUUCCUGCGUCGCGUCGCGUAGCUAGGACGCGCUCCACUACUAGCGCGAGCGAGGCCACGGCCUGCGGUCCAUCCGUUCAAGCUUCGCAGGCAUCUGAAGUUGAUCGGGAUGGCUACAAAGUUCCGAGACCAACACGCAGUGCUUUGGAUACGCUGAUGUCAAAAGUAGCGCAAAUCGGAGCACAGACCAAUGACUCGAGGUCUGCUACCUUCUCCGACUCCGAGCCGGAGUCUCCCAUGCUCGCACAAGCUGGGACACAACAGCAGAAGAACGAGAUGCCUGGCAUGGACCCGUUGCGCGUGCUUCCCAUUGAGCUGCGUGAUGCGGCCGUCAACACCUCCGCUUCGCUCGAAAUCCCAGCACAUAACCAAGCAAGGCUUCAGAAGCGUCGAAGCGCUCGCCAGGUCUUGUUGCAAGCACAAGAGAGAACCACGCCCACGAAAGACUCGCGCUGCUCGAGUCCGCUGCUGAUUGCCAACUUGUCCAACCUCAAUAUCGACCCAACUUCGGCACCCAUCAGUGGACCGCUAAGAUCGGCAGCUCUCGCGCAUUCGGCCUCUCUCGAGCGAGGCCAAAUGCCCAUGAGCGCCAGAGAAAGGACUGGGAGCAGUUGCAGUCUUGCGUCGGUGCAUGCUGCGCAGGAUGCGCCGCUCCGAACCGCACCUCUUCUUGGCGCAAUGCAGCCGCCCGUGAUCGGUGCUAGACGAAGCAGCAUUCUGGACCCGAGAUGCUCAGAGCUGCGCGAACGAGAUAGACCCCAGCUCAUGCGCCGACGAGACAGUAGCCAGAUGCUAGCAGAAUUUCGGCAACGGAGGUCGCCAGAUGAUGUAGAUGACAGCUUGGAGUUAGGCCAGCCUCUGCCCUCCAAGUUGAUGGUGCCUUCAGCGUCUGGCACUGCGAUGCCUGGCAGCAGCCCUAGUAUGCCAAGCCUCGCACCUACUGCGGUGACGCAUGAUCAAAGUCUUCGUCCAGCUUCUGAUGCAAAGGCUCUUCGUAGAGCAUCCAUGCAGCCUAUGCGGCCCCCGAAUCCCAGAUCUUCGAACGCGCCCGCGUUGCUCAAAACCCGUCAAGCUGAACAGACACAACUCCCUCGGCGACCUUUGCAUCACCAGCUCCUGGGCCGUCAUUCCAGCUCGAUCCUGUCGACUCAGACAGACGAGAAUAAGCCUCCUAGGAGUCGCACGAGGCAAGUGUCAGCGGAGGAGCAGUGUGCGAAGGGUACCGCAAAAGCGUCCAGCUCAAGACCUCCUCAAAGCCGCAGUCGACAGACCUCGGCCGAGAUUCAAUUCGCCAAACGCCCUUCAGAACUCGACAAGCGCGCUUCUCAAGUUUCCCUUCGACCCGUCAAGUCAUCGUUGCUCAAUCAGGGCAACGUCGGCUCAAGACGCGCCUCGAGCGAAGUGACACUGAUCUCAACCAUGUCUCAAAGGCAUGCCGAGCUUGAGUCGGACUUGAAAGGCGUCGAAAGCAGGAUAGCCAGCUUGCGCUCGCUGCUUGACAAUACUUGA